AUGGCAGCCAGUCGGGAUGGGAGGAACUGCUCUGAGUCUGCCCAGGAGCAGGGUCCCCAGCUGUCCACACUGCUGAAGAACUUGCACGAGUCCCUCUCAUUUCCCAACCCCAGCCCAUUCCAGGUGCUGAAGGAGGGUUACCAGAUGUCGAAACCACGGAUCAGGACCCUGGACCACGUCUGCGAGGUCGCUCUCAUUUGGCACUCGGGGAGACUGAAGCCCAGAGGGGGAAGGGGGCCUCUCUCAAGGUCACGCAGCGCAUCGGCAGCGGGGCUAGAGGGUGACCGGGGCUCCCAUCGGGUCCCCUUCCCGAAAAGGACUGAAGGGAGAAAGGAUGGACAGGUGGAUGGGCGGAGCCCCAGGCCGCAGGGCCGGAGGCUCCAGGCCCAGGAUCUUAGUCAAUUCCUGGUCCUCAGGUCUGCUACCGCUGCCACCGCCCCCCCUUCCGCCCCGGCUGGAGAGGGUGGCCCCCCUGCACCCCCUCCAAACCUCACCAGUAACAGGAGACUGCAGCAGACCCAGGCACAGGUGGAUGAGGUGGUGGACAUUAUGAGGGUGAAUGUGGAUAAGGUCCUGGAGCGGGACCAGAAGCUCUCAGAGCUGGAUGACCGCGCAGACGCACUCCAGGCGGGGGCCUCCCAGUUUGAAACAAGUGCAGCCAAGCUCAAGCGCAAAUAUUGGUGGAAAAACCUCAAGAUGAUGAUAAUCUUGGGAGUGAUCUGCGCUAUCAUCCUCAUCAUCAUCAUCGUUUACUUCAGCACUUAAAUCCCUGAGGAGUCAGCCCUGCCUAGAGAAGGGCCUCUCCCCCACCCCCAGCCGUUCCUCCACCUCUCAGCCAUAUCUUUCAGCCCCCCUCCCCUGGAUCCGUGUGUGUGUGUGUGUGUCCGUGUGUAUGCCCCCUGUAAAUAGCCAGCUGUUAUUUAUACAUAUAUAAUAUUAUAUAUAUUUGGUCUGUUUGUAGUUUUAUUACUAGAAGAUUUUUCCGGUUGUCCUUAACGCCCCUUCCUGAGGUUCCUAUCAUCUCCUCUCUCUCCUUCCCUUUCCCUCUCUUCAGACCAGCCCCAAGUCCCUUCAUUUGCAUCUGCUAUGCAAUAGUCCCUCUUCUCUCCUUCUUCCUCCUUUAACUGAUGCCCCAUGCCUCCCCUCCAUGCAAAAUCCCCC